CGCUGGCGGGCGGGGCCGGGCGGGGCCGGGCAGCCGGGCAGUGUCAGCUGGAGGCCGGGCCCGCUCCGCUCCGCUCCGCUCGGCUCGGCUCGGCGCCCCGGCCAUGGCGCAGGCCGUGCUGGGCGCCGCGGGGCUGCACUUCGACGAGCUGAACAAGCUGCGGGUGCUGGAGCCCGAGGUGGCGGCGCAGACGGCGCAGCUCCGCGAGGAGUGCCAGGCCUUCGUGGACAAAACAGCAGAAUUUCAGAAGAUGGUGGGCAGCUGGAUUGAGCUCGUUGACGAACUGACCAAAGCUGCAGAAAGUGAGAAGAUGAAGGCCAUCGGGGCACGGAACCUGCUGAAGUCGAUCGCAAAGCAGAGAGAGGCUCAGGAGCAGCAGCUCCAGGCUUUGAUAGCCGAGAAGAAGAUGCAGCUGGAAAGGUACCGCAUCGAGUACGAGACCCUCUGCAAAACCGAAGCGGACCAGAACGAGUUCAUCGACCAGUUCAUCUUCCAGAAAUAGAGGACUCGAAGAUAAAACCAACUCCCGUGGGAACUUGACCAUUCCAGAAUCUUGAGAAUUUCAGAAAUAUGCAAUUUCCACUGUGCAGGAGUGCAGAUGGUUUGUGCAAUGGAGGGGCUGUACCCCAGUUUGAGUGUAUUGUGGCAAUAAGGAGAGCUGACAGCUCACAGCUGCACAGACUGUUCUGGCCUUUGAUUUUAUACCAGUUUUGUACAGUCAGUAGUCCUAAUUCAAAUUACAGUUGAAUUAAUGCUA